GCUACCUCACACAAUUGCACAGUUGGUAGAAGCAGGGAGAGAGAGAGAGAUGGACAUGGCAUUAGUUAUUGGCAGAGUUGGCGCAACCGUUUUCCAUGGGAGGAAGAUGGGUGAUUACACGAGACGACGUUUUCUGAAAUCGUCAAGGCCAACCGUCAGACAUUCUUUCCCGGCAAUAAUACGAGCUACUUCAACCGCCACUGUCCAGACUGAUCCUAUUAUAAAUGUAGAGGAUGCCAGAACCAGCAAGAGCAUUUUAGCUUGUUCCAUUUGUUAUGACCCAUUGAUGUGGAACAGCGAAUCAGGGUUGACAAUGAUGUCCACCCCUGGCUCUACAUUCCAAUGCGGCACUUGCAAGAAAUCUUUUUUUGCCAAUGAAACAUUUAUUGACCUGACAGCAGCUAGUGGUGCCAAGGAGUAUGGUGAAUCUGUACCGUUAUCAUCAGAAAUUUUCAGGACUCCUCUGGUAUCCUUCCUUUAUGAAAGGGGUUGGCGUCAGAGUUUUUUAUGGGGUGGUUUUCCAGGUCCAGAGAAAGAGUUUGAAAUGGCUAAAGAUUACCUGAAGCCUGUUUUUGGUGGAAAUAUUGUUGAUGCCAGUUGCGGAAGCGGUUUGUUCUCAAGACUUUUUGCUAAGAGUGGAUUAUUUUCUCUUGUUGUUGCAUUGGACUUUUCAGAGAACAUGCUUAGGCAAUGCUAUGAAUUCAUUAAUCAGGAGGAAGGCUUCCCCAAAGAGAACUUAAUCUUGGUCAGAGCUGAUAUUGCUAGACUUCCUUUUGUCUCAAGUUCUGUUGAUGCUGUGCAUGCCGGUGCUGCGGUGCACUGUUGGCCGUCACCAUCCGCUGCUGUGGCAGAAAUAAGUCGAGUGCUGCGUCCAGGAGGGGUUUUUGUUGGUACAACCCAUAUUUCGGAUACUAUUUCUAUACCUAUACCAAUUACGAGGAUAGUGCGUCAGUACAUUGGGCAAUUCUCUAGCAGCCACUUCUUUUUAUCUGAAGGUGAAUUGGAAGAUCUCUGCAGAAUGUGUGGACUGGUGGGCUUUAAAUGCGUGAGGAAUGGCCCUUUUAUCAUGUUCUCUGCAACCAAACCCAGAUAAUCAUGCUCUCAUCCUCUUGCUCCUUGCAUCAAUAUCUGCUUUGGUAAUGGGGCAUUAUAAUGAUUCAUAAGGCUUUUAUUUGAAAUGUACAGAUACUGGUCAUAUUAUUAAGCACCUAUACAUGUAAGGGUUCCUCAUCAAUGAUAAAUAAAUAUUUUAUUUUUA